CAAUCUGCAAGAGACUGUUGUGAUGGACCGAGUGUUGAGCUCUUUCAUACUUGACCAAUUCAGGAGCAGGUUCAGAUACAUUCAGAUUUAAGAAAACAGUGCAUGCCCAGUACCUGCCAACAGUGCAUAACAAGAGACGUCACCGACCGCCCAAGCGGAUAACGAGCUGAUCAGUGGCGAAUAGACUAUACUGUGUUAGGUGAACGCUGGAUAUGUAAACAAGACAACGUUGAGAAUAUAGAGUUAUAUUGUGAUUGCUUUGUCGCAAUUACCUCAUAAUGGGUAAAAUAAGAAGACUUAGGCAGAAGUAUCAUGCCAGUUUGAGUAAGGAUGGAAAAGAUCAAGAAUCUAAUGGUCUUGCUUCGGCUCCUAGAAUUCCUCAAUUAGUGCCUGUGGUUAAGAAGACAACAACUGAUGGAGUCGGUUCCAGUGGUAAUAUGUUUGCUGGUUUGCAAAUCAAAUUAGGGGAAGCAGAAAGCACACCUCCAACUGGAAGUAUGGAUGUAUCAGACACUAUGAGCACCAUUUCUUCUGGUCGACGUGAUAGAAGUGGUAGCAAGAAGGAGAGAAGAAAACAGAGACACGAAGAAUUCAUGCAAAAAAUUGAUGUUGUACGAGCUUCAUCAAGAGCUGAGAAAGAGCGCAAGAAACGAGAAAAGACUGCAGUAGUUGGAGAUAUGCACCCAUUGCUAAAUGCACUGCCCUCCUUGGAAGAACUUUUUGCCUCUUCCAACAAAAAUAAAGAUUCUCAGAUAAUAAAGGAAGUUAAGGGAACUAAGAAACAGAAAGAAGCACAAAAAGAUUUCAUGUCAGAUAUGCAGACGUUUAUGACAAUUCAACAGGAUCCUAUCUACAGAAACGACCCAUUUGGUGCAGUGUGUAAGGGAGUAGAAAAUAGAGUACUUAAUGAACAAGAAGAUUCAUGAUUAUAAUCUGAAAUGUGAGCAUACCUAUGUGAAUUUUUUGUUUGCAGCAACAGUUGGGUUGGGUUUAUGUAAGUAUAGUAAUGCCUUGUUAGUGCAAAAGAUGCAUUCCAAAGGGUCUUUGCAUUCACAAGCAAAUUUUUGGUAAAGAAACAGUUUAUAACCUGUACUUAAAUGGAUUGUCCACAUUGAAAACAAGCUAGGAGGUACCCACCAUAAUUGACAAUUGUCGCCAUAAGGUCAUCAGUAACUUCACAGCUACAGUACCUCUUUAUAGCACUUGCUGAUUUAGCAGUUAUACAAGUUUUAUGAAUAUCUAUGGCAUUUAACAUUUUGAAACCAACCUGAACUGGCUUUCAAAAUUUCUGAAGAAUUGCUAUCCUCUUGUUGAUUUACUUUAAAAUAGAGAAAGGGCUUUAUUGCAAAUGACUGCUUGACUAAGGGACAUGUAUUUCUUAGAACAUUUAGAAUCAAUAUCACAACACAACACCAACAUUUUCUUAAUUUUUUUCUAACAAAUGAGUUCAUUAGAAUAUUUAGUAUCAAUUGACAACAUCAGCAAUCCCGUCAUUUUUCUUAACAAAUCACUACAUGAAACAUGAGGUUCUUCACCGUUGCUGGGGUGACUGAUUCAACAGAACCGUUGAACAUGUCUUAAUUUAAUAGAGUUUUAUAAAUUGUAUAAACUGUUAUUGUUCUGAUAUUCUGAUUUUUUUCAAAAUGCUGAAUCACUUAAAUUUUUUCUUGAAAAUUUGUUUUUCUUGGUAAUAUAGAAUCACUUCCUGCACUUACAGUAUACUGCCAUCACUUAAAUUUUAUCUUUUCUUCUUUGAUUUAAUGCAAUUAUGUUCCCAUAGCUCUUAUUUUCAUUUUGCACUAGAAAUUAAACAAAAUACUGUACAGUGUUGGUUGCAAUGAUGUUACCAUUGUUUACUCUGUUUUUGUGACAAGUGCUUUUGCUUUGUUUUUGUAACUGUGAAGUGAGUAGUGUAACUUUAAAAAUGUCUGGGAAGGCCAAGACACCCAGGAAAAAACAUGUCUCUGGAGGUAAAGCUUGACAUUGUAAAGUGGCAUGAGACACCCCUAGAGGCUGUGGGAGUCAAAGUGACAUCUCCACUCCACCUUCAAGAGCCCUCUUAGCCUCAAAGGGGACAUGUCAUAAUGACUAGGCUUGUUCUUAAUGAUGUGGUGAAUGUUGUUUAAUUGUUUUGUCGACAUAUUAUUAGUGUAGGAAUUUUUUCUCAGUGAUACAUGUGGGUGUCCGACUGGCUGGGAAUGUAUCAUAUUGAACUCCAUGUUAUAAUGUUCUUGAUUUAUGAUAUUUCUCCCUGUGAUGUGUUUUUCAGGAACCUAACCCUAUAAUAAAUGGGGGAUACUGUACUUGUAAUCUUGUCUUUUUAUGUACAGUAUCAAUAUUUCCACAAGUCUGUCCAUUCCAAGUUCUGUGGACAAGGAUUGUGGGUAAAUGAGAAGAUAGAUUUUUAUGAAAUUUGGCAAAGUCUUUAAGACAGUUGGGGAGCUAUGCAUGUCAAACAUCUUUUAAAUCUUAUUCAUACUGGUUGACUGGUGGCCAUUUUGUUAAAGAUUUCUGUAACUAAACACAGUGACCCAGGAGUACGCCCUAAAGAGAAGUGAAAUUUUUAUCAACAUUCUUCACAUUGGUCUUGUUAUAUCAAAUAUAUGUAUAUAAUGAUUGUAAAAUAUGUUCUGGUAUGGUAUGUAAGAAAUUGUUCCAUACUAGAGAUUCUUAUUUUCCCAUGGCAUGUUUAUUGUGCAUUGGACUGGUCUGUGCUUAGGGAAUGCAAGGCCUGCAAAAAUAUACCUGUAAUUGGUAGUACAGGUUGUACCUCUCUAGUUCGGCAACCUCGAGACCUGACCGGUGCUGGACCAUGGAAAUUUCCGGACCAUGAAAAUUCACCCUUUUUCUGGAUAGAUAGUGACUUGUGCUUACGCUUGGAAGCACUAGCACCACUUUCUCUGCUUCAUGGUCUCUUUGAGGACAUA